AUGCCGCACAAACACACUCGAAAGGAUCACGAUCCUUCCUCUUUCGAUCUACCUCCAUCUCAGAUUGCAAAACCUCUUCCAGUAACCCGAGGCGGCAAGAGCGACGACAAGGCAAAAUCCAACACCAAUGCCGCUACUGCGACUUCAGGGAAGAAACGCAAGUCGCGCAACAACCCGGACGAUGCGCCGCGCGCGUUCAAACGCCUGAUGGCUUUUGCCCAGGGCAAGAAGACCAGGUCUGGCCUCGACAACGGCGAAAGGACAGUGAAGCGCAAGACCUCUUCUGUUCCCACAACGACCACAGAAACUCCAGCGCCCGAAAUGCCCACUAUUCGACCCGGCGAGAAAAUGGCCGAGUUCUCUGCGCGCGUCGACGCAGCACUACCCCUGUCUGGUCUGGUCACUAAAACGCCUAGGAAUGGCAAGGAUCCUGGAGGGAUCAAGGUGCGCAGAACCAAGAAAGAGAGGAAAAUGCACAAACUGUAUGAUCAGUGGCGGCAGGAGGACGUAAAAAUCAAGGAGCAGCGCCUGGAGGCUUUGGAGGAGGCUGCCGAGCGCCAAAUGGACCAAGAUCUUGAAAGUGGCAACCAUACACACUGGCCGGUCAAUAUGGGAGGCACCUCGACGAGUAUCGCCAAGAAGGGCAAGAAGAAUAAGAAGGGGCGUAAAGCGAAAGCCGCGGAAGACGAGGACCCCUGGGAGGCUUUCCAGAAGGCCCACAAGGAUACCAAGAUUGGGCUUCAUGACGUGGUGCAAGCGCCCCCGGUCUUGAAGAUGAGCACACAGAAGCUGCUCACCCCUCGAACCGAUAGUUCUUAA